UUAUACCACACAGUGGAACAAACAACAUACUCGCUCUCGUUUUAGCCUUGGGUCUUUCUUCUCUUCUCAUCGUAGACACUCAUUUUUCCUUCCCUCAUCACUCAAGCACUCCCACUCUCACCUAUUCACUCACCUCAACAACAUUGAAACGAAACAGAAUAAUAAAAAGGAAAAAAAAAAGGAGGAGAAAGAUCAGAGGAAUCAGAAACCAGAGCUAUCAGGAUCUGCCUCUUUCCUCAGAUGAAAGCUUUCAUUGAUGAGCGCUUAGCAGUUUAAGUUCAUUUCCUUGCAUGCGCAUGCUCAGACAAUGGAUAUAGAUGUUUUAUCUUCAUUGUUCACUUGUGUGUUUAGAGCUGGUGGUAGCUCUCAGACGGAAACAACAACCAAACCUCAACUUAUAUACCGGUGUAAGAAAUGCAGAAGAAUUGUUGCUUCAGAGGAAAACAUAGUUUCCCACGAGCGCGGGAAAGGAGAAUCAAGCUUCAAGUGGAAAAAGAGAAGCAGUGAAUCCUGGGAAAUGGAAAAGCAAUCAGUUGAUUGCACCUCAGUAUUUGUUGAGCCCAUGAAAUGGAUGCAAGCAGUACAAGAAGGUCAUGUGGAGGAGAAACUUCUCUGUAUGGGUUGUAAUGCUCGUUUGGGUUACUUCAACUGGGCCGGUAUGCAGUGCAGCUGUGGAGCCUGGGUUAACCCUGCAUUUCAGCUGCAUAAAAGCAAAUUAGAUGAGUGCAAUAUGUAAACCAAUCACCUUGCAGAUAUCCUAGAAGACCAGAUCAAGAAAAAUUAUAGGUUAUCCUUUUUGUGAACAAAAGACGUAUGGCAGCUUAGCUUGGAAGAUUGCAUUGUACCACUUCAUGCUAGUUUUUGAAUGAAACAUACAGUAAAUGGUUCUUAUCUUACUAAUCUGCAAUAUAAGUUGCUACUACAUAUA